CCCCCCCCCCCCUCAAAAUACCCACAAAAUCCCCAUCAUCUUCCUCGAGUAAUUUCAUCAAGCACAAGCAAACAAUUACAAUCUCUCACAAGUUUCCAAAUCCAAGCCCAUUUCUCUCAGAAAAAUGGAUUUCAGGCUAAUGGGUUUCGAUGCCCCAGUCAUCCACGCCCUCCAGCACGGGCUCGACGCCGUGGACGACGGAGACAAGUCCUCCAAUGCGCCUACACGCACCUACGUGCUCGACGCGAAGGCGAUGGCGGCGACCCCUGCGGACGUGAAGGAGUACCCGAAUUCGUAUGUUUUUGUGGUGGACAUGCCUGGGCUGAAGUCCGGCGACAUCAAGGUUCAGGUGGAGGAAGACAAUGUGCUGUUGAUCAGCGGGGAGAGAAAGAGGGAGGAAGAGAAAGAAGGGGUGAAGUAUGUGAGAAUGGAGAGGAGGGUUGGGAAAUUCAUGAGGAAGUUCAGGUUGCCUGAGAAUGCCAAUGUCGAUGCGAUCUCUGCGGUUUGUCAGGACGGCGUGCUUACUGUUAGUGUUCAGAAGUUGCCUCCGCCGGAGCCCAAAAAGCCCAAGACCAUUGAUGUCAAGGUUGCUUGACAUUAGAACCCAUCAAAUUAUCUAUUCCAUGCUAUGAUCUGUUUUGUGGUGGUUUAAUGGAAAUUAUGCAGAUGUGUGUGGGUGUUUUUUCUAUUUUUUUUUUUUUUUUUUUUUAAUUUGUGUUUUGGGAUCAUUGACUUUAUGAAAGUCGAUGGAGUUGGGGAAAUGUUAUAAUCUGACUAAUGCCAGUAUUAAGAAGACUUUUAUGUCAA